UUUAUUUGAAAUAAGACACAAAACUGAGCUAGGGUUUUUGCAGCAAAAGAAGUGGGAAAAAGAGCGCAAGAAAUUCUCAGCAGCAGAGCCCCAAAAGCAAGCGGCCAUGGCGAGCACCAAAGUCCAGCGUAUUAUGACCCAACCCAUUAACCUGAUCUUCAGGUUUCUACAGAGCAAAGCUCGCAUUCAGAUAUGGCUUUUUGAGCAGAAGGAUCUGAGGAUUGAAGGCCGAAUCAUUGGCUUUGACGAGUACAUGAAUUUGGUUUUGGAUGACGCCGAAGAGGUCAACGUAAAGAAGAACAGCAGGAAGCAACUUGGGAGGAUUUUGUUGAAAGGGGAUAAUAUCACUUUGAUGAUGAAUACUGGGAAGUAAUUCUGGAGAACAAGGCGAAAAGUGUAAUCACUAAAUCGUAAAGUGGCUGGCUGUUGGUGGUUCUAUGGGACUGUUGUCCCAACUUUGUACGGAUUCAACUCUUUUAGGAUCUAUUUUCUCUUAGACCAUUGUCUUCUAUCUCACAACUAUUGUGUAUCACCUUAUCCUGCCAUUUGGAUAUCAUGUACAAGAAUUUGUAGUACUUGAAACUGGAUAUCAGGUAAAUGUUUGGCAUGGCCGUUGCAGACAGUUGAAUAUGUUGAGGGAGAUGCAUUCUUACUUUGGUUACAAAAAAAAAGACACAAAAACUGAGAUAAUCAAAAGUUAAUACAAAUCAGGACCAAUCGAGCAUUGAAUGUAUUGCAUAGAAAAUUCUAGCUCAGAUUGAGUCUCUCUAAAUUUGAACCAAUUACAUAAUAAAGUAUAUUAAUAUACAAUUAAACAAAAGUGACAAAUUAUAUAGUAUGUGUAAUACAUUUGUACCGUAAUUAAUUGGAUUUUACUAAGCUUAAUUGAGGUAAGAAAAUUGUUCUCCACCAACCUUCUACUAUCAAGCAAAAGUAGAAGAGGAAGGGAUUGAUUGAGAUCGGAAAAUGGACAAUGAAAGAAGAGAACUUUGACACUCAAAUGAUAAUCAUGUUGGGUUCCAGGAAUUAUAUUAUACCCCAACAGUGAUCGGAGACCAGCAAUCUGGAAAACAACCAUUUCGUCAAAUCUGCAGCCGUUCAUUGCGUGGGGGACCCGAUCUUGAGUGGUUUCAGCUAAAAGUAACAUUCUUUCGAGUUGUUGCAAAUGGACUGCUCCCCCAGUGAUUUUUCAACCUUAACCUAAUUACCUGAAUUUAGAAUCUUCUGUUGGUCCCCUACUGCCUGAAUGUGCACCUAACUCCACUCUUGUUAACUUGCUUACAAGUCCCCUAGGGAACACAAAUAGAUUGGGUUUGGGAUCUCUUAUUGAACGUCUUGGGUUUGAAUUUGGGUGGAUGAGUGAGUAUAACGACUACAUGUAUGAUUACAAAUCAAUAAUUAUAUGCCAACUCCUUGAAAUGACUAUGGUAGAAGUAGGUGAACAUCGACAUCUAAUGAUUCAAGAUCUCAAAAUUUUGAGACUUCAACUUUGUCAUCUAAGCUAGGCCAUAUUGAAACAUCCAACCACCGUAAUCCACACUGUUUAGAACAUUUUGAAGUCGAUAAUUUAAAGACGUACAUUCAACAAUAAAAUAUUUCUUUUUUCUUUUGGCCUUAUACUUCAAAUAAAAAGGUUACUAUGAUAACUAGAUA